CCAUUGCACUCCUCCGUUCAUUGUCAUUACGUUCCACCACUCUCGUUCAACUCGUCAGGUGAGUGCGCGCUGGUCGCAUACUCUCACAACCCCCUCGCCCACACCUCCAAUCCCUGCCGACCUUGACAUCACCACACCCUUGCGCUCAGAAAGGAGGAGAUGGACAUAUAAUUCUCCGAUGAUCGUCACCGCUCCGCAUCCCGAAUGUCUGGCUAGCAAUGGCCACGACGCUGUCCCAGUCCUCCCAUCUGCGAUCAUGGGAUCCAGAUCGCCGACCGCAGUCGCAACCCCAGUCCACCCCCCGCGAUAGACGGCGCUCCGAGCGACAUCGCAUCCAGGCCCGCGGCGCCGAUCCCGUCAUCAUCAACUCCAUCCUCGAGUCUUUCGAUGCCCUGCACUCGCCCACAAUCCUCGCCGCCGAGGACCAUUCCUUCGUUCCCGUCUACACCCCUUCGCGGCCCCAUACCGCCGGCGAAGCUACCAGCAGCACCUCCACUCUUUCACAUGCCGCUGCGCGCGGCUUCGGCAUGGAAUAUGGCCAUUCGCUUACAAUGGACGACGAAACCGGGAUAAUCGAUGCCGCGCUGGCGCCAAUCGUGGGAACAUCUCGCGCACCAUUCGACGUUGGCGUCCUCACUUACCGACCCACCCGCUCCCCGAGCUUCAUGAGUGUCCGGUCAUCCGAGAGAAGGAGAAGCUCGUCCUUCGGCUCGCGCACCUCCGCCUCGAUUGCGGCGAAGGGAAAAGACAGUCCCAACAGGUACAAGCUGAGCUCCGAGAGCUGGGUGAAACAAGGCCCUUCGAGCCCAGGCUCUCCCCCGAAGGACUUGCUGCAUGGCGAGACCUCAGUUCUCCGCCGAAAGAGCUCCGAUGAGUCUGCACGAGCGCCGCCGUCACGCAUUGAACUCACGCCCACCCCUACGCCCUUCGAGCCUCCGAGCACGCGGAGUGUGUCCAGAGCGGAGCAGAUCAUCGCAUUGGCUUCCGCUCCGAGAGGUGGGCGUUCCAAGCGUAGGAUAUAUCUCACGGACACUGCCAGUGUUGAUGAAGAAAGAGCGGAAACGGAGCUACCUGCAAGCAUUACUGAAGUGCCGGAGCUGAGUCCGAGAGAUCAGACGUUGAGGAGGAAGGCGGAUGCUGACGUGGACUCAACCGUUCAGCGAAUACUGGAAGAGCAUGUGAAGAUGGAAGAGGUGCGGCGGCAACAACAGCAGCAAAAGGGAGAGGGGUCGCAAAUCACUCCAAAAGACACUUCACCAGCAAGAGGGAGCAUUGUAGACUCGAUCCCGUUGCGGACGUCCUCAUUACGACAAUCGAGCAGAAGUCCGGCGCCGGGGAAGAAACGGGAAAGAAAGUCCAAACGCAAAAGCGAGACUGCACGGACGGCCAAGUUAAAAGCUGGCGCGCACAGAGAUAGCUUGGUGAGCAGUGUGAGCUCCCAGGAUAUCCCCGAUUCGAGCUGGAAUGACCUGGGUGAAGAAGACGAGACCGUCCGUCGCAUCUUCGAGUUGAGGGAGCUGCGGAAAGCACGCUUGCUGGAGCCCCCGCAGUCUCCCAUCCGCGGCCUCUCUCCCUCAGCCAAUUCCGACAUGAGCUUCCUGUCACAAGCGUCCACCCGCAGUGCCGAUGCAGGGGCUGGCUCACCGCUACGCUCAAUCGUCGAUCGAAAUGUCAGUGAAUCCUCGCCGAGCGUUCAAAGGAAAGUGGCAAGGGCAACCGAGCUGGCUGUUCCGUCCUUUGUCGAGCAGUCAAACAGCAGCAGCAACCUCAGCCAGUCUAAAGGCACUCCCUCGCGAGACAAGUUCGCACGCCACGAUACGUCGUCUUCGCGACGGCCUCCAUCUGCAAUGUCCAAUGGCUCGCUCGCAACGCCAAUUAGGCUGGAUUAUUCGUACACAGACGCACUCGAUGUGCUGCAAGACGGCCGGCCUGAAAUUAGGAACACCUCGCCUGUUCCGCUUGCCCUCCCCGUCCGUAACACUAGCGGUCUUUCUAGCACUGUAAGGGAGUCUCCCGAGAGUACAUCGGGCAAUUCGCGUUCGAAACCUUCCCGAUGGAAAACUUUCCAGCACCCUGACCUUCCCCUGAGCGGCGAAAGGAAGUCUUCGCGACGGACGCCCAGCCUCGAUAAUGAGCCGGACUGGGCCCGCGCUCAACCCGAUACUGUUGAGCUUGCUGUCCGGGAGUAUUUGCAAGCUCCACGACUGAAUCAAAGGAUCAAGCACCCUUUGACUGGCCGCCUGAUCAGCUUCUCCGAGGUCGGCGACCGGGAAGGUGCUGCUGUGAUUGUUUGUCUCGGUAUGGGUCUGACGCGCUACGUGUCUGCCUUUUACGACGAGCUCGCUGCUACGCUCCGACUGCGUUUGAUCACACUCGAUCGCCCUGGGGUGGGAAACAGUGAACCUUACCCAGCAAACGAUAAGAGCGGACCACUUUCCUGGCCGGACGAUGUUCUUGCCGUGUGCCAACAUCUGGGCAUUACCAAAUUCAGCAUCCUUGCGCAUUCAGCGGGAGCCAUCUACGCCCUGGCCACGGCAUUGAUUCUCCCGCACUUGGUCAAGGGCAGACUGCACUUACUCUCGCCGUGGAUUCCGCCAAGCCAGCUCGAGACGUUCUCGCAUGCUACCGCAUCACCCACUCCUGGCGCAGUUUUACCUCGUAGCCAGCGCCUUCUACGAGUACUGCCCACGCCUUUCUUCAAAGCAGCGAAUGCAUCCUUCAUGAACGUCACAUCAUCUUCACUGCGGCCAGGAAGCAAAGCGAAAACCCGGCCCGAAUCACGGCAGUCAAACCUCAACAUCACACCCGAAACGCGACCAGCGUCCAUGAACGGCCAUCGCCGCGAGUCAAUGAUGCUCAUGGACCAAUUCAUGCCCGAGAUGAACCCCACCGACCCCUUCCCGUCCAAAUCUUCCCGAAACAGCACCAUCCACACCUCCGCCAACGCCACUCCCAAACGAGCCAGCUUCGCCUUCGCCUCCGCCAGCCUCACCGCUGCCGAUUACGUCGAGCAAGAGCGAAAGCACGAAUACACCGCCCUCCUAACCCAACGAACCUGGGAACUAGCAACGCGCGACAGCAACCCCGCCACCGAUUUACUCGUUUGCCUCGAGCGCCACCACGAUAUCGGCUUCCGGUACACAGACGUGCAUCAGCAGGUCGUCAUCAUGCACGGCUCGGAGGACAAGCGGGUUCCCGUGGCGAACGUGCGCUGGUUGGCGGAGCAGAUGAAUCGGCAUGCUGCUGCUUUCCGGGAUAGUAGGGUUUCGUCGGAGGAAGGCGAGAUUCUGGAUGGACCGGGGUGUGAGAUGAGGGUGCUGGAGGGCGAGGGGCAUGGGCUUAUGGCGAGUCCGUUGAUUAUGGGCGAUGUCUUGACGGAGAUUGCUGGGUAUUGGAGAGGGGGUGCCUUGUAAGGGGUGAGCGUGCAUUGUAUGGCUUUUGAGAUUGUGCGUAGAUACCCUUUUUGGCUAUAUGACAGUGAGAAAUGAAUGAGCAUUGGUCUUCUUCUCUA